AUGUUAGGAAUGCAGUGGGAAACAGGAGUAAUGCGACGAGAUUUUCGCUUGUUGGCUAAUAAGCUGUGGGAAGGUAUUCAAAGAUUGGGACACGCAAGCGCGGUUGAGCUAAUGAAAAAUCCUCCGAUUCUUCACGAUGCAGCGAAAGUAGGGAACGUCGAGCUUAUUACUAUGCUUACUCACACUUACCCUGACCUUGUAUGGCACACUGAUAGCAAUGGAUAUACUAUUUUUCAUAUCGCCGUUAAGUACCGACAGGCGAACUUGUUUGUACUGAUUGAAGAGAUAGGGGCAUGGAAAGAUUUGAUUGCAGUCUCAGAAGAUGAGAAUGGGAACAACAUUUUGCAUUUAGCUGCAAAACUAGGGCCUCUAGACCGGAGGGUCAGGAGGAUCCGAAUGCUUCCAACUUUUCGAUUGCACAGGGAGACGAUGUGGUUUAAGAAAGUGAAGUCAAUUGUACCGCCAUUCUGUUUGGAGAUGAGAAAUAAAGACGGGCACACUCCAAGUGAAUUAUUUGACAAAGAGCACAAGAACUUGCUGGAAAAGAACACAACAUGGUUGAGGAACAUGGCAGAUUCUUGCAUGCUCAUCUCGACUUUGAUAUUUUCUGUGGUGUUCGCUUCUGGCUUUGCGGUACCAGGAGGGUACAAUCAAAAUACGGGGAUUCCCUUACUCUUCAAGUCAGAGCGAUUCGCAUAUUUCGUUAUAUUUGAAGCGGUGGCUGUGUUUUUCUCAGCAUUCUCUGUCCUUCAAUUCUCACGCACCAUGAUGGCGAGCAGCGAAGUCUUCUUGGACCUACUACCGCUUAUGAUUAGAAAUGGGCUUAUGUACCUCUCCUUGUCCGUCUUCGGUGUCAUCUCUGUUUUCAUGUCCGCAUAUUUUCUGGUCUAUGUUGAGGAAAGGGCACCGCUCGUCACGUCUCUUGUUAUUCUUCUUUAUACCGUCCUUAUUUCUGUAGUUUUUCUCCAAAACUAUUCAUUUAACCGUGGCCUUUCCAGGUAUUUGUUCCCAAAGCGGAAUCGCUACUCUCUUUUCAAGCGACAUGCUUACACGCCUAGUAACACUAAGAAAUACCAGAUCACGCACAAGGUCUUGGAUUUUUAA